AUGAUCGUUAGAGACACGUCCCAGUGGAGACACGUCCCAGUGGAGACACGUCCCAGUGGAGACACGUCACAGUGGAGACACGUCCCAGUGGAGACACGUCCCAGUGGAGACACGUCCCAGUGGAGACACGUCACAGUGGAGACACGUCCCAGUGGAGACACGUCCCAGUGGAGACACGUCCAGUGGAGACACGUCCCAGUGGAGACACGUCCCAGUGGAGACACGUCCCAGUGGAGACACGUCCCAGUGGAGACACGUCCCAGUGGAGACACGUCCUAUAACGAGGAGCCGCUGCGGCUGCAGAAGUGGUACACCGCCACAGCGGAGCGCGACAAGAAGAAGAUGGUCAGGGAGCUCAUGCAGAUAGUGCUCGCCCGCAAACCAAAAAUGUGCAGCUUUCUAGAAUGGAGGGACCUCAAGAUUGUCUAUAAAAGGUACGCUAGCCUGUAUUUCUGUUGUGCAAUUGAAGAGCAGGACAAUGAGCUGAUCACACUGGAAGUCAUCCACCGCUUCGUGGAGCUUCUGGAUAAGUACUUUGGCAGCGUGUGUGAGCUCGACAUCAUCUUUAACUUUGAGAAGGCAUACUUCAUUCUAGAUGAGUUCCUGAUGGGAGGAGAGAUCCAGGAUACGUCUAAGAAGAGCGUCCUCAAAGCUAUCGAACAGGCCGACCUACUGCAGGAGGAGGACGAGUCACCCAGGAGUGUGUUGGAGGAGAUGGGCUUGGCGUAGUACACAGCAGAGUUGUGAGAGACUACAGAUACUAAGGCUGAGGGCUGGAUGAGAAGUGGGGAGGGGGGGUCAAUGUUGGAUGGAACAGGCUUGGACUGACGGUGUUUGGGUCUCUGGUUCUGGGGCCGACAUUCGGUGUUUCACUGGAAGAGACUCGGUUAAGAACGGAAGACAUUUUCACUGACAGGCCUUUCAGCUGUGUGUGUGUGUGUGUGUUUGUGUGUGUGUGUGUGUGUUUGUGUGUGUGAUCUGAGCGUGGGCUUGAGGACAUGGGAUUUUAACUUGUGUGUGGCAGCAGGGGGGGUUAUGUGGUCAGAUUUGAAAGGGCUGAGAUUGAGUCCACUUUAUCAGAGAGUUAGAAUAAGAAUCUGCAAUCGAUACUGUCGUUAAAUCGCAGCGAGGCAGCGCCAAUGAAAAAAGAAGUAAACAGUCAGGUACUGAAUGUGGUACAGCGCAGGAUUUGGGUAAAACACAAUAAGUGAGCGUCACUUAAAUGAUCAUUCUGAUGGUAUUUUUAUAUAUUUUGUAUUUUCAACUACUCAUGAAAAGACAAAACAAAAAAAUGUGUUGGUCCAUCUCGCAAUACUUUCUGGCGUAUAUAUGCUGUCUGGGACACUCAACUUAAAAUCCAAUGGUUCCUACUAAAGACAUCACAUUUUAAGAAAAGCUUACAGAUGUAUAGUUUCAUAAAUAAAUAAAAUGCUGGCUACUAUAGUUUUUAACAGACACUCAAACAGGAGAUUUACUUAAUUUAUUUAGUGCAACCAAGUAAAAACAAAUAUGUUUUACAGUACAGUAAAAUAUCAUAAACUCUUUAUAUAAACUCAUUCAUAAACAUACAUCCUGUAGGUACAGUAAGGAGAACGUAACAGUUAUACCAGGAGUGAAUAAUGCAUCUAUUGGGGACUAUUUUCAGCUACGGAUUUAUCCACCUUUUCAGCGCUGGUGUUUAUUCCUUCAGUGAAAAUUAGCCCACUUUGUUUUUAAUAGUUUGAAGACAACGAUGCACAUCUAUGGUGCAAAGGAAUUCAUAUAUCUCGCUUUUAGAUGCAUACAAAACACUAAGAUAUAUUUAUUGGUGAUUUAGGUUUGCACACGACAUUGGAGUAUAAAAUAAAUAUGAAAUUCCGCCUGACCUUUUUAAAGUAAAAUUCUGUGUUUAUACAAUACUGCUUUCAUAGCGUUUGUCGUUAUUCCUAUUGGUAUGUGCGUUAUCAAAUAUAAUACGGAAAUAACACACAAGGAUGUCUGUUCCUCCACCGAUCUAUUUUAGGACACGGGAGAGCCAUCCUCACAUUUCCAGUCAUGCAACAACAGUGACUCUCUUUAAGACUGUCUGUAGUUCAAAGGUCACUCGAGAGUCCAUCCUUCAAGUCACGUCAUCAUAACCAGGAGGACCGAUGGUCAUAAGACGACAGAGUUGGUAAGAAAACAGAAAUGUAGUUUGUUUUCUGACUCCACUCUGUAAAUAUGAUCAGUUAUUUAAACUACACUUAAAGAAGUUCCUUCGAACUUUCUCAAAAAGGCAGGUUUGCAUAGUUAAGAAUUCUUACCUAACACAACAGGCCCAGGGUGACACACUGCAUUGUGGGUUGUUAAUAAUGAACCAAAGACAUUUGAGAUGUUCAUCGCAGCCUAGAAUAACUUGUUUAUCAGCCAUGCAUAUGUACUGAGUGGACUGAUGCACCAGACCAGAUGGAAAUGUCAAGUCUGUCUUAUGCAAUUCAACAAAGUGCAGCGGAGAAUCACAUCCCACUUAGUUUUAAUAAAGAAAGCAAAAGUAACCACUGAGAUGGAAGGAAACAUUCAGCAUUGAGUUGGAAUCAUUGUUCUGCUGGUACUAGUUCCAAGGCAUGAGUAUCAAUCGAGUUUUAGAGAAGUAUAUCAUACAUAUUGAAUGUGUGGUUGAUGCCGUGGAUCACUUGGUAAUGUUAUUUAAGAUGAGUAACCGCUGCUUCUGAGAAACUUCUCAUUUGACUUCAACAAUCGUGUGCCUAAAACCUUUUUGGAAUUCUUUAUUUAGUGGUGUAACAGUUCACCGGAGCUGUGGUUUUGUUUUUUGGUCCAUAGUUAAAGAAAAAAACUGGAUCCUUUAUCAAGUGGAAAGAUGUUUUUUCAUAUCAAUUUGCCUCGACAGGAUUUGUGCAGAUUGGCUCGGUUUCAGACAAAUGAUUUAGUGUCGUUGCAGCAAUACGUUAUGCGCUCUGACGCUAGACUAUUACUAAUCAAAUGAACUAUUGAUCUGAGAUGAAAGGAAUGUAAACCGAGAGAUUUACUUUUGAAUAUUAAGGAAAAUAAUCUGUUACUUCGAUUUGAAUUGCCAAGGCACAAUAUUCUGGUGAUCUGAAACAUGCAACUGACUCGGAGCUCUACUCCCCCAAUAACACAAAGAGUGUAUACUUAAACUGUUACACUACGUAUAUCGGCUUAAACAGUGUAUAGUGUGAUCUUAUGUUAUGCAUGACAUGUUUACUUCAUAACAAGAAGUGGACAGGGAACUGGAUGUUAGCCGUAUAAACUUCUUUGCAAUCAGAUUCUUUGUAGAAAAGAGUUGAUUCACGAAUGAUUGAAAGAUAACCAUUUCCACUCAGACUUCAGCUUUUUGAAAUGAAUAUAUCUGGAAUAAGUCUUAGUGACCAUGCAGUAGGGUUCCUCUUUCAGUAGACCACUUUGAACAUUAUUUAUACUGUGACGCUGUAAGCUUUCAGAAGAAAUAGAGCCGGGUGAUAGGCUAUCUUUAGAAAGAUGUGUGAUUAAUCAUUAGAUAUUUUUGGAAAAUAAUUCAUAAGCUGUAUCAAAAUAUUAAAUCCAGAUUUCAGUGGUUGCCGCUUGCUAACGUUUAGUUUGAUUUUUCAAUACUAUGUAAUCCUACAGAGGGAAUCUUCCUUUUAUUGCCCCAAAAUAUAUGCAUGUUUUUCAUUAUACAGGGAUUCAUUUAUAUAACGUCCUCUCAGGAGUUCUGGACAAACCACCUCUAAUUGGAGAAUUCAUUUUCUUAGUUUAGUGCUCUUUUGUGAACUGGUUUAACCUGAUCUGUUUAUUUGUACAGAAAGAAUAAGUAAAUAGUGUACUGCAACACAAUGUCCUCACAUGACGUUUGUGCGAGCGUUUCUCCUGGACAGGGUGGAGGUCAGGCUGCAGCCCUGUUGUCUGUACACAGCAAGGACUAAUCCUUUGUUUUCCUCCGCUGAACUCUGAAUGUUGGUGCGUUUUUUAAGAGUAAGGGCUCACUGUGUGAUCUGAUUGUUUUCUGUUGGCAUGUAGUGGAACAAAUGCAUCAAAAGGGCACAUGGGGAGGAGGUCAAACAUGCUGAACUUCUGCAAGACAGAGAGAUUGUCUCAAAUGUAUGUACAGCAUGGGUAGCAGAAUAUUUGACUUGUAUUCAAUUAUCUGACUCAUUUUAAAGGGGACAUAUAAUACAAAAAAAUCAUGUUUAUUAUGUAUUUGGGUUUCUAUUAGACCAUGUUUACAUGCUUUAAUGUGAAAAAGACACAUACUUUUUCUCAUACUCUGUCUGAAUAUACUUGUAUUCACCAUCUGUCUUAAAACACGCCGUUUCAGCGCCUGUCUCUUUAAGACCACAUCCCUAAAAAGUCUGCUUUAAUUGGUUUAGGAGAAAAACAAGAUGACUUGUGGAUUCCCAUGUUUCCUCACCACCGUUUCUCAUCAAAGGCCACCUUUAACACUUGCCUUGUAAUUUAAAUAAAAGAAUGGAAUUAUGGCCCUAAAGUUUUAAGUGUUAGCACUAUUUGUUGUCCGAUCAUGUCUUAAAGCCUGUUGCUAGCUCUACUGAAUGUCCACACUGUACGGCUGCUGUCACACUGCCUGCCUCUGGUUUCUCUUGGGUAUCUUUGUAGUCAUGAUGCAAUAACAGCUCGUAAUGGUGAUGCACGAGUAAUGCUCAACCGCGCCUCCUCAACUCCAAACUUGGCUCAUUGCUGCAUGACGUGGCAGUGCUUUGUUACUCUGUGUGAUUUUGCCUUUUAGAAAGUUCUGUAAAGCCUUUUUCUGAAGCUUCAUUAUCCAUCCUCACGUUCUUUUGUACGUUUGAGCAUAUUGCUCUUCCUAAGAUGUCAUCUUUGACCUCUGCUUUCCCUCCAUUUUGAAAAGUGUGUUUCAUAAUGUUUUUCCAUCUCCAUUGUGUGAAAUUCUACUUAAUUACCCAGUUUGAUCUUUGCCUUUAUCAUAUGCUCAAUCGAUUUGGUGAUUUCCUUGUUCAUUCAUGUGAAAGACAAUAAGCUUUUGAUUUGAAAUGUCUAAGGUUUUCUGGGGAGGAGGAGAAGAGGACGGUGUGUGGCUUAAAGAACUGUUGUAGGAUAGCAGAAACGCACAAAUCUGUGACGCAGGCAAAGGCUAAAGGGACUCGGUGUGUGAAUGUCAUUUUAUAAAGAAAUAAAACAUUUUAAGCGAAAUA